UCCUUAAAUUAUAUCCUCAGAGCCAAAGUUGCUCGCUCCUUCCACACAUGCUCCAAGUCUCCACCUUCUUCUUCUUCUUCAGUCUCCUUUCAUACCUCCAGAUCAUUGAUUAACGUUUUUCUCUCAAAUCAACCAGAAAGAAGAUGAUCUCCUGGCACGACCUCUACACGGUCCUCACGGCCGUGAUACCUCUCUACGUCGCUAUGAUCCUCGCCUACGGCUCUGUACGGUGGUGGAAAAUCUUCUCCCCUGAUCAAUGCUCCGGAAUCAACCGCUUCGUGGCCAUAUUCGCCGUCCCUCUCCUCUCUUUCCACUUCAUCUCCACCAACAAUCCAUACGCCAUGAACCUCCGUUUCAUCGCAGCGGACACUCUCCAGAAAAUCCUCAUGCUCGCCCUCUUAGUCCUCUGGGCUAACUUCACACGCUCCGGUAGCCUCGAGUGGAGCAUCACAAUCUUCUCCCUCUCCACGCUUCCCAACACACUCGUCAUGGGCAUCCCUCUCUUGAUCGCCAUGUAUGGCGAAUACGCCGGUUCGCUCAUGGUCCAAGUCGUCGUCCUCCAGUGUAUCAUCUGGUACACGCUUCUCCUCUUCCUCUUCGAGUUUCGCGGCGCCAAGAUGCUCAUCAUGGAGCAGUUCCCUGAGACGGCCGCUUCCAUAGUUUCGUUCAAGGUUGAAUCCGACGUUGUUUCCCUCGACGGCCAUGACUUUUUAGAGACUGACGCAGAGAUCGGUAACGACGGGAAGCUUCACGUCACCGUGAGGAAAUCAAACGCUUCCCGUCGUUCGUUCUGUGGGCCUAACAUGACUCCAAGGCCGUCUAAUCUCACCGGAGCUGAGAUUUACAGCUUAAGCACCACUCCUAGAGGCUCAAACUUCAACCAAUCAGACUUCUACUCGAUGAUGGGUUUCCCCGGCGGCCGUCUCUCCAACUUCGGGCCGGCGGACAUGUACUCCAUGCAGUCUUCUAGAGGCCCAACUCCAAGACCUUCGAAUUUCGAGGAGAAUUGCGCCAUGGCUUCCUCCCCGAAAUUCGGGUAUCAUCCAGGAGGAGGAGGCGGAUCUUACCCGGCUCCAAAUCCUGAGUUCUCUUCAAUAACCACCACAUCUACGGCCAACAAAGCCGUCAAUAAAACUCCUAAAGAGACCAACACAAAUCAGCAGACGAGUCUUCACACCGACGGUAAGUCAAACAAUCAUGACGCGAGCUCCAAGGAACUACACAUGUUCGUGUGGAGCUCCAACGGGUCACCAGUUUCAGACCGGGCGGGUCUUAACGCCCCUGAUUUGGGAUCAAACAAUGAACAGGGUGGAAGAUCUGACCAAGGUGCCAAAGAGAUCCGGAUGUUAGUGCCCGACCAAUCUCAGAACAGCGAAAACAAAGCUCUGGCUCGUCCGGCGAGUGGUGACUUCGGAGGUGAACCAGUUAUUAUCACCCGAAGAGAAGAAGGAGAGAGAGCAAAAGACGCUGAGAAUGGACUGAACAAAGCUGUUCCUAAUGCGGUGCUACAAUCGAAGACAGGACUCGGAGCCGCCGCUGAAGGUGAAGCAAGUCAAGGGAAACAUAUGCCGCCGGCGAGUGUGAUGACGAGGCUGAUACUGAUCAUGGUGUGGAGGAAGCUAAUCAGAAACCCAAACACUUACUCUAGCCUCAUUGGCCUCAUCUGGGCUCUGGUUGCUUUCCGGUGGCAUGUGGCAAUGCCCAAAAUCAUACAGCAAUCUAUCUCCAUUCUAUCUGAUGCUGGUCUUGGAAUGGCAAUGUUCAGUUUGGGGUUGUUCAUGGCGUUGCAACCCAAAUUAAUCGCUUGUGGGAACUCAGUGGCAACAUUUGCGAUGGCGGUUAGGUUCCUCACAGGUCCGGCCGUGAUGGCAGUUGCCUCUAUAGCUAUUGGAUUGCGUGGUGAUUUACUGCGUGUCGCCAUUGUUCAGGCCGCAUUGCCUCAAGGGAUUGUACCCUUUGUGUUUGCAAAAGAGUACAAUGUUCAUCCUGCUAUUUUAAGUACAGGGGUAAUAUUCGGAAUGCUUAUAGCGCUUCCUAUCACGCUGGUUUACUAUAUUCUACUUGGGUUAUAAGCUUUUGAUUACGUGAACGCUUAAAAUGGAUCAAUUGUAGAGAGAACGAAGAAAAUAACACAAGAGAGUGUUUCAACUUGUGGGUGGAACAAACUAAAAGCUUAGAGCAUAUAAGUAAAACUAGAGAGUAGCAUGAUUUAAGGAUGAUGAUGCGUACAUCACAAACCAAGAAACCCUUUCUUCAUAUUUAACAUAUAGAAUAUUGGGGAAUAGAAUAAGAGUGAGACAGUGGGACGCAUAUAAGGAGGAUCAAAACAUGGGGCAACGAGACAACAAAGAUGAAUAAAAAAUCGAGAAAGAAGACAACUUAUUAUUUUUGUAAUUUUUUGUGACGAGCAAAAUCCUGUUUUGAUGUGUUCUUUGAUUAGAUUUUGGGUAACUUAUGAAUUGAUUACUGUGAGUUUUUUUUUUAAUUAGCGAAGAAAAGUGUGGUUUUGAAUCUUCCUAGUUCAAGUUUUCAGGUAAGCAAAUUAAAUAACGCUUUUAAAGCAGUA